CGAUCAUGCAUCGGUCAAAUCGGCGAGUGCCGCUUUCGGUGAAGUCCUCGUCCGGGGCAAGCAUGUUCCUCUGCAAAAGGACGUGAAUUGGUCUUGUUUCAGGGUCUCAUUCCUCUAAGGGCCAGCUCCAGCAUGCUCUAACCAUGACCUUUCCUCGUUCGAGGGCGGUGGAGAGCCCUGCAUCAUCAUUCGUGAACGAAUUUGAUCCCUGGGGCGGGGAAGAGGAUCAAACCUCCAGGCAUGCCAGGACGAUAUCAACCCUUUCAGCAAUCUCGCAUUUGUCUCAAAGUCCGUCCAAAUUGACAUCACCAUUACGUCGCAGAAGGCUGAAUGGAGCCUUCUUCAAUGAUUCGGAGAAUGGAGAAGAUGGUUCCGAUCAUCCAUUGUCUCUGGCGAGCUCGCCUGGAGAUUCGCGUCCGACUUUGAGCAGGCUGUUAUCGGAGACGGAACGUCAAGUCGCAGAGAGCAGCACGUCAGGUGCGAGCAGUACGCGUGGAAGUUUAGAUCUCCUACGAAUGUCCAAAGCUGAGGAGGUAGAAGUGUUUGUGCAUCAGGUCAAGCAGAGUGAAAGUCUGGCUGGCAUCGCCCUACUCUACGGUAUAGAACUUCCGACGCUGCGCAAAGUCAACAAGCUAUGGCCGUCAGACCCGGUCCAUCUUCGAACGCAUCUGUACGUGCCGUUAGACGCCUGCAGAUGGAACAAGGCCAAGGAGACCUUUUCCCGUGGACCUGGCGAAGGUCAAGCUACCUUGACACCGAAGAAUGCCUCUCAUGGUAAAGGCAAAGGUAGAGCGCAAGAACCGUUGAUCGACCACUUUGACGGUUCGAGAAGCUCUAUGGACACUGUCCGCCCCUCUGAUCCUCAAUCACCUCGCGUACUGGAUAUUGUCCGUGUACCCAGCUCUCAAUUAUCCUUCUUCCCAAAGUCCAAAGGAUCCAGUGCCCGCCCAUCCCUCGAUAUGCAGCGCAAGUCCUUAGAUAACAGCAAGCUUCGCCGAUCCGUUUCCCUGUCUAGCAAGGCUUUUGGCCCGGAUAUCCAUCAUGACCUGUCAACACUCCCUUCGGCCUUCAAACCUCCAGAUCCACCAUCGCUACCACCGCUGCCGACAAGGUCGAAAACGGUCAGACUGCGACCACCUGUAGCUCAACUCCCACCACGAUCCGAAUCCCUUGCCGACAAAUUGUCAUCCUUAUUCACCGUGCCUCCGCCGCCCAUCACAUACACGCUUCCAGUGGCUCCCAAGCCCCCGCGCAAGUCGACUGAAUCGGCGUCAUCAUCUCGACAGCUAUCGAUACAACCAGAGGUGUCAUUGGAGAUGUUCUCCCGUGUUACAAAUAACAAUCACAGCAAAAAGCAUGACUGAUGCAUGCUCAGUUCCCUUUGGCUACGUCCAUGACUUUGCUAGACAUGGCGGCCGCAGUCUUGGCGAAAUCUCCCAGGUAUACAUCCGAAGUGUCGAAUUUCCGCUUGAUAUCCUUCUUUGAUUGUAUGAUGCCGUCUCUGUCCUUUGUCAGGGAGGCGAUCGCGGCUUCCCGCCUGCGCGUGUAAGCGUCAGACCGAACUCAUUUCGCCUCACUUUUCGAUCUCCAGCAGCUCGU